AUCUUCGGUAACAAGUUCUUCAUCUUAUUCGCAUCGAACAAGAUCACCAAUACAUAAAUCAGAAGAACUAGCAGGUUUAUCACCAACAAUUUAUCAUAAUCGAUCAAGACCGCCGUCAAUUAAAUCAGCAGCGUCACCACGUUUCGAUAUAGAACAAACAACGUCUGUAUAUAUGCGACUUCAAAAUCAUGAUGAAAAAACAUUAAUUGAUGAUAAUUCAUUAUCAGUUAGAGAAAAAAAUCAAUACUCGCCUGAGUAUAGGACUGAGGAAAUAAAUUUCAAUAGUGAACGUAAUGAACGUAUUCAGGAAGGAGAAACUUCUAGCCAAUCAAACAUUGGGAAUGAAAAAGGCGGCUGGACUGGUUGGCAUAGCCUAGAAAGGAAGGAAGUUGAUCAAAGCCAAAAAAUGGAAGGAUCUAAAGAAAUAA